GCACCGACGUGGUCUGCUGCGCGAUCUUCGUCCCCUUCCUGGGCGCCUUCGCCUACGUGGCCUGGUGGGGCUCACAGAACGGCGACCUGAGGCGGCUGCACGGAUUCCCGAACAGCGAUGGCCACCUCUGCGGCGUCAGCCACGACGUUAGCGACACGUCGCUGCUCUACUUCUGCCAGGACGUGCACGGCAACUUCAGCCGCACCAUGUCGGUCUGCGUCAGCGGGUGCCCGGUGCAGGAGCGGCGCUUGGAAGGCGCCGGGGGGACACCGCCGCCGCCGCCGCCGCCGCCGCCUCGAGCGUUGCUCGUGGCUCGAGG